UCUUCCAAACUAUCUUGAACAAAGAACAGAGCCAGAGCCUCUGAGCCAUGGUUGAUGCAGUGGUCUCAUACGUGUUGAAAAAGGUCGGGGACUAUCUCAUCCAAGAAGCAGUGUUUCUAAAAGAAGUGAGAAAUGAAGUUGAGUCGCUGAAGAAUGAGCUUGAAUGGAUGCAAUGUUUCAUAAAAGAUGCAGAAGAAAAACAAAUUGACGAUGCUGUAAUUCGCAAGUGGGUAUCCGACAUGAGAGACAUCGCUUAUGAUACCGAAGAUGUUCUGGAUAAAUUCAUAAUCAAAAUCCAUGGUGAAAACUCCUCAAACCUGCUCAAAUUCGAUGAAAAGGAAGAAGAAAAAGAAGUGGGUUCGGAUUCAACGAAAACCCUUCAAGUCAAUGCAGGGGAGACUUCAAAUACUGCAAACCCUUUCCCAGUCAAUGAAGGGAGGACUUCGAAAAACAGGUCAGGAUUCUUUGCUUCCAUUAAAAUUUGUUCUUGCAUAUUCAAUAAAAAUUCGAGUAACCAACUAGAACCGGGCCGCCACAAAUUGGAAUCCAAUGACAAAGAGUCUGUUCAUAAAGAGUCCGGCCACCAGAAAUUGGUAUUAAAUGACAAAGAUUCUGUUCAUAAAGAGUCCAGCCAUACACAGUCCAGUCUCUAUAACAAAGGCAAGGAAAAGGUGAAUUUGUAUAGCAUAGGGAAGGAGAUUGAAGCACUUAGAAAAAGAAUUAGUGAUCUCUCUAAGAAACGUGACUUGUACCGCCUUGAGGGUGUUGGUAACAAGCAAGAAGGAAAGAGCAAUGCUUUUAACAUAUUGAAAGAACUGAGAAGAGCGCCCUCCUUUGUAGUGGAAGAGAAUGUUGUUGGAUUUGAGGAUGAUGCUGAGAAACUCUUGGCAAAACUUCUGGAUGAGAAGGAGCCGCGGCGGUUUGUGAUUUCUAUCUUUGGUAUGGGUGGUUUGGGAAAAACUACUCUAGCUAAAAAGCUUUAUCAUAGCAAUGAAGUUAGGAAUAAGUUCGACUGUUGUGCUUGGGUUUCUGUGUCUCAAGAUUACAGGACUCAAGAUCUUCUUCGAAGAAUUAUCGAGUCUUUUAAGAUUGUAAAUACAAUGGAGGAGAUAGAGAAGCUGAGUGAAGAAAAUUUGGAGCGAUUUCUUCAUAAGUCUUUGGAAGGACACUCGUACUUGGUGGUGAUAGAUGAUGUGUGGCAGAAAGAAGCUUGGGAGAGUUUGAGGCGAGCAUUUCCAGACAACAAGAAUGGAAGUAGAGUGAUCAUCACUACCCGAAUUAGAGAAGUUGCUGAGCGUUCUGAUGACAAAACUCAUGCUCACGAGCUUCGAUUUCUAAGGUCAGACGAGAGUUGGCAGCUAUUUUGUGAUAAAGCCUUUAGGAACUUGAAUUUGGAUGAAGGAUUGGAGAAAUUAGGAAGAGAGAUGGUAGAAAAAUGCGGUGGCCUACCACUCGCCAUUAUUGUAUUGGGUGGUCUUUUAUCAGCAAAGAACCCACAAGAGUGGCGAGUGGUUCAUGAUCACAUUUGGCACCAUUUGAGGAGUGAAUCAAUUCAUAUCUCUUAUUUAUUAGCACUAAGCUUCAAUGAUUUGUCUUAUCAAUUGAAGCUAUGCUUUCUCUACUUGGGUCUGUUUCCGGAGGACUUUGAGAUCAACGUAGAAGAAUUAAUCAGAUUACUGGUGGCAGAAGGUUUUAUAUUGCAGGACGAGGACCAAGUUACGGAAGAUGUAGCCAAGAGCAACUUGGAUCAGUUGAUUGAUAGAAGCUUGAUUCAAACGGAACAGAGAUACAGGGGGAGAAUUAUAACAUGUCGAGUCCAUGAUCUUUUGAGAGAUUUAGCAAUUCAGAAGGCCAAAGAGCUGAACUUCAUUCACAUUUAUGAUGAAAUCACUCAUUCAAAUCGCUCCUCGAUUGUAUCAUCUUGUCGACGCCAAGCUGUAUAUUUCGAUAGUGGCAAAUGUUCCUGGCUUCAACACUGCAAUACAAUCUCACGUUCCCUUUUGUUAUUCAAACCAGAGUAUGACUUGCUCAAGAAACUUGUAACAACAAUCUGUACAAGUUUCAGGCUGCUAAGAGUGCUCCAUGUUGAAGGUUACAGAGGAUCAUCUCCCUGCCAAAGCGUGCCGAAAGAGAUUGGACAGUUGAUUCAUUUAAAGCAUCUGGGGUUAAGAAAUGUUGGCAUAUAUAAUCUGCCAGCAUCCCUUUUCCAUUUGCGGAAUCUGCAAACUCUUGAUCUGUACAGUGCUAAAUGGGAUCUUGGGCUAUCGAGUGAAGUUCAGAACUUGCAGGAGUUGAGACAUUUGAUUGGAAAUUUUAUAGGGCCUUUGCGGAUAGACAAUCUAGUAAACCUUCAGACGCUGAAGUAUGUAAAGUAUGAAUGCUGGAUCAAAAUUAAUCCUGAAAAGUUGGUCAAUCUUCGAGAGCUACACAUCGAUUGUUACAUGACAGUUCAACAAAAGAUGUUCGUUUUUGACUCCAUUGCCAAACUAAAAAGCAUCCAAAUUUUGUGUGUCAAGCUGAUUGGCGGCUACUCUUUUGAUUCUCUGCAACCACUCGUUCAUUGUCCUUGUCUCCAGGAUUUGAGAUUAGAUGGGAAGAUUGAGAAAUUACCAGGAGAUAUGCACGAACUCCUGCCGAAUCUUGCAUACUUAUCGCUGAAUAAUUCGUAUCUCAACGAUGAUCCAAUGCCUAUAUUAGAGAAGCUGCCUAGCCUCAUGGUUCUUGAAUUGUUCUCCAAUGUUUAUUCCGGAAAUAAAAUGACAUGCACGGCAAAGGGUUUUCCUCGGCUUGAAAGUUUGGAACUUCUUGUUGAAUUGGAAGAGUGGGAGGUAGAAGAAGGAGCCAUGCCAAUGCUUAGACGAUUGAUGAUGCCUGAGGUCUCCAACUCAAAGUUGAGAAUUGUAGAAAGAUUGAGAUCAAUCCUUGUUCUAGGAUGAAAAACUGGCUCUGUUGCCUUUCAAUCUCUCCAAUUUUUUUUUUUUUUUUUUUUUAAUAGCGUGACUGUGAAGUUAAGGAUGAAGACAAUACCUUGGGCCCAAGACGGGCGACGCCUGGGUGGAGGUUGAAUAGUCAGCCCAAGAGUGGAAAAAAGCCCAAGUUUUUUGAACUUGGGCCUGGACCUAGCCCAAGUGAUGUAAGAAAUUCUAAAAAUGUAAGAAUAAAUGUAAAUCAUAAUUAAUGUAUAUUUGAGGUCGUUAUAACUUAAAUAAAACAAA